CAUUGCGCAGGCAGCGAAGGGGGCGUGGCUACAGCUCCUUGGGUUGGAGGUAGGGUGAAAAGCUUGCUGCCUCUGGGAACCAGGUAGACAACCUGUUAAGGAGCAAGGUUGUGUGAUGCAAGAUGAGCCGUUUCCUGAAUGUGCUCCGUAGCUGGCUAGUUAUGGUGUCCAUCAUUGCCAUGGGGAACACAGUGCAAAGCUUCAGAGAUCACAGCUUUCUCUCUGAGAAGCUGUACACAGGCAAGCCAAACCUUGUAAACGGCCUUCAGGCUCGAACCUUUGGCAUUUGGACCUUGCUGUCUUCUGUCAUCCGCUGCUACUGUGCCAUCGAUAUCCGCAACCAAACCCUCUACAACAUCACACUUUUGACUUUCUUCAUUGCACUGGCUCACUUCCUCUCUGAGGUAUUUAUUUAUGGCACAGCAGCUGCAACAAUUGGUGUCCUAGCCCCACUCAUGGUGGCAAGUUUCUCUAUUUUGGGUAUGCUGAUUGGGCUGCAAUAUCUGGAAGUAGAAGAACCAUCUCAGCUCAAGAAACGGAACUGAAGUUACAGAUCCCUUCUGCAUACGAUCCAUCACCCACCAGCCAUUUUCUAGUGUCAGCUAUCACGUCAUCUCCUUACCUCGUCCUGUAACUUGGUCAGAACAUUCAUGGACAUCUCUGUCAAACAUCUUUUUGUAUCCCAUUGAUCUUGAUCUGAAUAGGAAACCCUUGAUCUGUGACUAAUGGCAGAAGCACAGCCCCUGAGUGCCUGUGACAAGCUGGGUGCGGGUUUCACUGAUGGAAGGUCUUAAAGCACCUGCAUAUCUUAGGGUCAAAAGACCUUAAAUUGUGCCAAGUGGAGGUAGUAUCUCGUCCUCCACUCUCAACCCUUGCAGGCACCUAGCAGCAAGAAACAGUUGUGUGUUUUGACAUCCACUGACGAUUAAUAUGGAAAAAGAGGAGGGAAAAGAAUACAUUGGACAGCACACAGAGUAGCUGGUAUAUUUUCCCUUAAGCAUGGAUUCUAAGAUACAAGAGAAUAAUCAUGCAAAUAUACAUCUUCUUUUAUCAACUAGAGAAAGAUGUUUGCUUUUAUCUCUUCCAUUCCUGGUUUCAGCACAAGCUGAAUGACAUGUUCCAAGGUCUAGACAAAUUAUUUAGGUGCUUCCCCCCAUCUCCCUUUAACCGAAUAGGCUGUGGUUUUCAGGGACUUAUUCCCAACCUCCACUACCUUCUUCACAUUUAAUCUUUUUCUUAUUAAGAUAUCAAGGUUUUUUUUCUUUAGUCUCCCUUUAGCAUAUCAAAAUCAAAUGUAAACAAAUUGUUCCCAAAUGUAUACAAAAGCCCAGUCAAAACUAGGCAAGGCAAGAAAAUUUUAUUGUUGUGUUUUUGGCUUUCAGAUAGCAAUGGGGUACGUGAGAGCAAGUGUGACUUAGUGGAGACCAAAGCCUGAAUUCUUGCUCAGACAUGGAAACCCAGUGGCAAGUCAUACUCUCUCAGCCGUAGGCAAAGACAAAGCCCCUCCCAACAAAUCUUGCCAAGAAAGCUCCAUGAUAGGUUCACCUUAGGGUCACCAUAAGUCUAAAUGACCUAAGGGCACACAACAAUACUCAAAACAAUGUGAUCCAAGUAGACUAGUGGUUCUCAACCUGUGGGUCCCCAGGUGUUUUUGCCUACAACUCCCAGAAAUCCCAGCCAGUUUACCAGCUGUUAGGAUUUCUGGGAGUUUAAGGCCAAAACAUCUGGGGACCCACAGGUUGAGAACCACUGAAGUAGACAAAGGGACUAAAGAGCCUGUAGAAAUACGAGUUGCUUCUGCUCUGAUAAGGAAAGGCAAGGUACCUUUUAAAUUGUUGCAUUCUGUCAUUUCGUAAUGACUGCAGAUACACUAACUUCUCUUUAUCAGAGUACCACACAUAAAUGAACUGACUUUAGCUAGCAUAGCAUUCAGUCACUAAAAUUAUGGGAUGGUUAUCUAGACAGAGCCAAGCUAAUACUAAUUCUGAAAGGAUUGCAGUAGCUGCCAAUUUGCUGCCAAGCCUAUUCUAGGUGCUGUUGCCUUGGGACCCAAAUACCUGAAUAAUAACCCCUUCUCAUAUUAAUUUAUCCCUGUAUUAAGAUUCUCAGUUGAGACCCCUCUUGGAAUUCCAUCAACAGAAGAAUGCAUUUGGUUUCCCUGAAGUGCAAGUUAUUUUUUCAGUGUUAGCACCCCAGUACUGGAAAUCCCACCCAAGGGUUGUACAGCGAGUGCUGGUGCGGCAUUCUUUUUAGUGCCAAGUUAAAACAUUUCUAUUUUCAGCUGUUUAAAACUAAUUAUAUUGUCUAACUGAAUGGAUACUUUUUUGUUUGCACCUCUGUUGUAUUGCAAAUAUUUUUUAAUUUUUGUUAUCUUAAUGUUAUAUUGAUAAUUUAAUAUUUAUGCAUAGUGGAAUUCAUCUUGGAUAAGAACUGGUUUACAUGUUUUAAAAAAUAAAUAAUUCUUUCAUGAUAAAGAUUACAGCAGGGCUACCCCAAUCUAGAGUAAAGGUUAGCCAGUUUCUGAAGUUGCCAUUGCACCUCCCCUCCCCCCAGGAUUUGUACAUAUCUUGGGAUAAAGCCCUUCAAAGGAGGUGCGCACAGGUAGCUUCAUUGGCUGAUAACCCAACUCUUAAGGGUUUUAACAUUUUCACCAGCCAGUCUCUAUUUAAUCAAAAGGCCAGGAUUUCCUUUUGGUGCUCCAAAAACUUCAUAAGAAAUGUACUAAAAUUGUACUUUGUAAUCUAGGUUGGAUUUGCAACAUGACUUUGGAAUGGUUUAAGGAUUGAAUUUAUUCAUUUUUUAAAAUGCAUGCAUAUAGGUGAAGUGGAGACUUCUAAUAUAUUGAUGGUGGUGCCUAGUAUUUAGUCAAGAUGAAUUAUGCAAUACAAAUACUGUGCUCAAUUACUGAAAUGGAAAAUAAAAAAAAUAAGAAAAAGGCUGUA